AUGAAGAACACCAGAAGCGCCAAUAAAAGCAGCAGGAAAACCAACAGGAGAACACAAUCAAAAGCAGCAGAAGCGCUAGAAUUGUGCCAGGAGUGCCAGAAGUACCAGAAAAAGUAUCACAAGCAUAAGAAGCAGCACGAAGAACUAGUCACAGCAGCAGAAGCGCCAUCAGGUGAUCGAAAGCACCAGCAAAAUAGCAGGAAUGCCAGCAGGAGCGUCAGAAGCACUAGAAAAAGCGCCAGGUGCACCAAAAAAAGCUCCAGAAGCACUACAGGUAGCACCGUAAACGCUAAGAGCAUCUACGGAUGUACCAGCAAGAUAAUCAUAAGCACCUGGAAAAGCAGCAGAAGCACAAUCGGGAGCUCAAAAGCGCCAGCAAAAGCAUCAGAAGCACCCGUAAAGGUGCCAGACACACUAACGAAAGCACCAGAAGCACCAUCGGGAGAACAGAAACACCAUCAAAAGUGGAAGAAGCUCAAGCGGAGAGCCCGGAGCACCAGCAAAAGCACUAGAAGCACCAGGAAAGGCACCAGACGUAUCAGCAGGAGCACCAGAAGUAUCAUUAAUUACUCUCGGAAUAAAUCAACCCAUAAGUUUGCGUGA